GUUCCUCGUUUGUAGCGAUCUGGUAGGCUGGCUUGUCGACUUUUCUCAUCUGCCGGUCCUUGACUAGCUCGAGCCAGUUUACCAACGCUAUCCACCACGCGAAUUCUUCCCCUCUGGGCUGCUUCUCGCCCCUCAAUCUCGUGUUCCUACUCUUGACAGACUUUUCCUGCCAUAGUUUAUCUAAUAAUUUUUUGGCAGAGUCCACCUAGUUCAGCUCCAGAAAAGCAGUACAUGCCUUCGAAAGCUCAGAAUUACUUUUCUUUACUUUACUCUGUUCGAUCUUUCCAUCGCCGAUUCGUGCGGUCGCUAAAAUGGCGGGAUUCCCGUUGUUCGGUACAGCCAGAGAGCAGAGCCGCUCGCCGAGCUCUGACAGCUCCGCCGACAAGUUAAAGGACAAGGAUCUCGAGAGAAGUCCCCAGCUUGCGGGCGGAUUGUCCGAUUCAGACUCGGGAGAGAUCGGCAGACAAAUCGAGCUGGAGGCCGAGAAUUCGAUCAAGUACCGUACUUGUAGCUGGCAGAAGACGGCCGCGCUGCUCUUCUCUGAGUAUAUCUGCCUGGCUAUCAUGUCAUUUCCCUGGUCGUACUCGAUUCUUGGCCUUGUUCCGGGGUUGAUCCUGACUGUAUUUAUUGCGGGUGUUGUUCUUUAUACAUCGCUCAUCGUAUGGAGAUUCUGUCUGCGUCAUCCGCAUAUUCGCGACGUCUGUGACAUUGGUCAGCACCUGUUCUGGGACUCGAAGAUAGCCUGGUACUUUACAGCGGUCAUGUUUCUGUUGAACAAUACAUUUAUUCAGGGCUUGCACUGCGUAGUCGGCGCCGAAUAUCUCAACACGAUUUCCAACCACGGGACUUGCACUGUUGUGUUCUCCUUCGUUGUAGCGGUCAUAUCUUUGGUCUGUUCGAUUCCGCGUACAUUUGGCACACUCGCCAAGGUUGCGACGAUCUCAGCGCUCGCCACUUUUGUUUCCGUAAUGCUGGCGGUUAUCUUCACUGCGAUAGAAGAUCAUCCGGCUAGAUACAAUAGCACCCCUGAAUAUUCUGGUGAACCGAUUGUCAAGGCAUUCCCGGUCCCCGGAACGACCUUCGUCUCCGGUAUGAGCGCCUUCUUGAACAUCAGCUACACCUUCAUCGGUCAGAUUACGCUACCCAGCUUCAUCGCAGAGAUGAGAGAACCUAAGGAAUUCUGGAAGUCUGUCACUGCCGUCACGAUCGCAGAGAUUAUUGUCUUCAGCCUUGUCGGGGCUAUCGUCUACGCAUACACUGGAAACCAAUACAUGGCGGCUCCCGCAUUUGGCGCGAUCGGCGACGAAGUCUACAAGAAGGUUUCAUUCUCGUUCAUGAUCCCUACCAUCAUCUUCCUCGGUGUUCUGUAUGCUUCUGUCUCUGCGCGAUUCAUCUUCUUCCGCCUCUUCGAGGGUACCCGGCACAAGGGCAACCACACCUUUGUCGGCUGGGCCAGCUGGAUCGGUAUCCUUGCGGCUUUGUGGGCCGCCGCUUUCAUCAUCGCCGAGGUUAUUCCGUUCUUCUCGGAUUUGCUCUCAAUUAUGAGCUCACUUUUCGAUUCGUUCUUCGGCUUCAUUUUCUGGGGCGUCGCGUACCUCCGCAUGCGGUAUGAUGACCACGGGCCGGGCUUCUACAGAAACCGAGGGUUCCGAGGCUGGGUUGGGGCCAUUGUCAAUGUCGGCUUAAUAGGUAUUGGGCUUUAUUUCUUAGGGCCUGGGACUUACGCAUCCGUCGAAAGUGUUAUCAUAGAUUACAGAGCAGGAAGCUUUGGGGGACCGUUCACAUGUGCUGAUAAUGGGCUCUGAUCAGCAAUUGGACGUUUCGAUACCCUUGCUUUUGUUUCAUUGACGAAAUUCCAGAUUGUGUCUGCGCUGUUAUGGCUUUUAUACGGGUUAUGGCCAUCUGAUAUCAUAUGAGUGGGCUUCUAAUGAA